AUGGCUGACUCAGACUCCGACGACGCACAAUGGGAAGACGUCCCCAUCCAACACCAGGGAGAAACUGGUCAUGCCUCCGACCACGCCAACGGUGUAGUAAUAACACCCGCCCCAUGGACCCCACUUCUGACCCUCCCACCGCAACGAGCAACACCCAUACCCGCGGGCUCAGAUGAGGAGAACAACAUGCGCAACCGCAUCGACCUCGGCAUCGAAAAUGUCAACUACCGACAAAUGAAAGCGGAGAUUGGCAUGUUCGACGACGAGGAUGUACCUGCGUCUCAGCGGCCGUACGAGAGUUUUAUGCAGCUUGCGGGUGAUGUCGAGAAACUGGUUGAUUUGCUUUGGGGCAACCCUCCAAACCGAAUCCCUAAUAACCCUAGCGGGCAUAACAGAACGCGCCAUAAAGCAACACCCACUGGACCCACCAACAACACUCACACUGCUACACAAAUUCGACGUGAUCUUCCACGCCCUCUGCACCGGGACAGACCCCGCCGGCGGACCUCUGCGCGAACAGGAACUAUUCGGCCGCCCGCUCGUCACACAGACGCAGAAGGUUCGGAUUCGGAGUCUCGCGGAGGCGACGCGUGUGCGGUUUUUUCGGCGAUGCCGGAUGAUGAGGAUGAAGAAGAGGAGGAUGCUUGGGCUAUGGAGGCGACGAAAAUUUAUGAGGGGGUUCUUAUGUUGCUUGCUGGUUAG